AUGGCGGGGCCGCGGGACCCCGCGGAGCGCUGCUCCUGCCGCAACACCGACUGCCUGGAGCGGCCGCUGCGGCGGCUCUUCGAAGGGCUGGCGAGCGGCGUGGCCGCCUGCCCCUGGCCCUUCGUGCUGGUGCCGCUGCUGCUGUCGGGCGGGCUGGGCGCCGGCUUCCUCUUCCUGCCGCAGCGGCAGGCGAACGACAUCGAGGAGCAGUUCACGCCGACGGGGGGGCCCGCCAAGGCCGAGCGCGACUUGGUGCGGCGGCACUUCCCCACCAACGACUCGCAGCGCUUCUCCGCCCCCCGCCUGCCCACCGAGGGCGCCUACGCCGCCCUCAUCGCCGUGGUGACCAACGGCACCUCGGUGCUGGACCCGACGGCGUGGGAAGAGGUGCUGCGGCUGGACAAGACCGUGCGCGACCCCGACUACGAGCGGCUCUGCGCCCGCAGCGACGGCAGCUGCGCCAGCCCCAACCCGCUGCUGUCGCGGAGGGGCGAUGAGCCACCGCCCGCCCCGGGGAGCCUCCAGUUCCCCGUCAACGGCACCGUCUUCCUGGGGGCCGCGCUGGGCGGCGUGGACACGGACGGAGGGCGGCUGCUGUCGGCGCGGGCCCUGAAGCUGGUGUAUUACCUGCGGGAGGACGGCCCCGAGGCGGAGGACAGCCGGCAGUGGCUGCACAGCUUCCUGCGGAACAUCUCGUCGAAGCUGAGGGAGUUGGACCUCAGCUCCAUUCGGGUGACUUACUUUACGUCGCUGUCCAGACAACAGGAGUUUGAAGGAAAUACCAAGAGCGUGAUCCCGCUCUUCUCCAUAACCUAUUUCUUGACAAUAAACUUUGCAAUCAUCUCUUGCUUAAGACUGAGCUGUAUAAGAAAUAAUGUCUGGCUUGCCUGCUGUGGAGUGGUUUCUGCUGGCUUAGCUGUGUUAAGCAGCUUUGGAUUGAUGCUCUUCUGUGGAGUGCCGUUUGUGGUCACUGUAGCAAACGCACCGUUCCUGAUUCUGGGGGUUGGCGUUGAUGACAUGUUCAUCAUGAUCGCUUCCUGGGAACAAAGUUCAAGGAAAAAAGAGAAAUCCAAUGUUAAAUCUCUGCUGACUGAGACUUACUCAGAGGCAGCGCUUUCUGUGACCAUCACCACUCUCACAGAUGUUUUGGCCUUCUUCAUUGGCACCUGGACUGCUUUUCCAUCCGUGAGAGCUUUUUGCCUCUAUACAGGCACUGCUUUUAUCUUCUGCUAUGUAUAUACCAUGACCUUCUUUGGGGCAGUUCUUGUAUUAAAUCAUAAAAGGGAGCAAGGAAACCGACACUGGCUGACUUGUAUGCGUGUGGGAGUAGAUAAAGAUCGGGCUGAGAACUCCUGCUUGUAUAACGCUUGCUGUAUCGGCAGCUGUUCCAGGCAUUCCUCUGAGCCAGAAGGGGAACAUCCAAUGAGCAUAUUCUUUAAAGAGUAUUACGGGCCUUUUUUUACAACUAAAUGGGUCAAGCUCCUCGUGGUGUUGCUGUAUGGAGCGUAUUUGGGUGGCAGUGUUUAUGGGUGUACUCAGAUCAGGGAAGGCAUUGAUCUUCGAAAUCUGGCUGAUGAUGACUCUUAUGUUAUUCCAUACUAUGAUGACGAUGAGAAAUACUUCUCAACGUAUGGACCCAGGGUCAUGGUUGUCAUUCCUGAAAGGGUAGAUUACUGGAAUGAGACGGUUCGUCAUGGCAUUGAGAGCUGUGCACAGAAUUUGGAGAACAUUUCCUACGUUGAUAAGAACCUCUCAGAGUCCUGGCUGAGAGUAUACACAGUACUCGCUGAAAGCAGUUCGAUAAAUAUAAAUGAUAAGACUCAAUUCUUUAAUAACUUACCUGUACUGUUCAGCAUUCGUUCCAGUUUUGCGUGGGACUUAAACAAGACUCGGGAUGAAAUAGAAGCUUCACGUUUCUUCCUCCAGACAGUGGACGUGACCUCAGCUGUUGAUGAGAAGAAUCUUCUCAAUCAGUUAAGAGAGACAGCCAGGCAGUGCAGUAUUCCACUGAAGGUGUAUCACCCAGCGUUCAUCUACUAUGACCAGUACCUGGUAAUAGUGCAGAACACCAUUCAGAACGUUGUCGUUGCUGCCGGGGCGAUGCUCGUUGUCUCCCUUCUGCUCAUUCCCAACCCGUUGUGCUGCCUGUGGGUGACUUUUGCAAUAGCUUCUGUUAUAGUUGGUGUUGCAGGUU